UUAAAAUACCAGUGCUUAAUAAUUGCAUUUUCUCUUGACCUGCAGAAAGGACUAAAAUUUUAGCACAAGGACUAAAAUGCUGUCUUAGGCAAACCAUUUUUUGCUAUUUUUGAGCAUAAUAAAAAUUUUAAGGCAAUACAUUUCAAAAUGCUGCGAACUACGCUUGUGAAUCUGCUGCUCGUGUUUAUUGAAGGUGUACUUGUAGAAAUGUUUCUUCCUUUUGUCAGAUGAACACCUUCUAAAAAUGAAAACUUGGGAGACCAUUGAGGGCAACCUUAUUUUCUCAUCUCUAUGAAUUACAACAAGAACGUCUGAAAAAAGAAUAAUUUCCCCAAAGACAAUACAUGAGGCACAGGACAUCAUUCACAUCUGAAAAACAAAUUGGCAAGGGUAUCAACAUCAAUUGUAACUCUGAAUGUGAUAUUAGAUCAUUGAGCACAGUAAUUUUAAUAUGAAGGAUUUUUUUCCCCAAGCCAAGCUGAAGUGUUCUCAAAAGCACUGGAAUGAAGAGCCUGUGUGAAAAAACAAUGUCUGUUUCUGAAGAGAACAUUUUCAUAAUGAUGUAAGCCUCUCCCAACAUCUGGAUGUGGUGCUAAAGGCAAAGUAUUUUAGAUCAGCUGAUCCGAAGCUGUGUAAAAAGGACCUUUCAUUAAAAUAACUUCUGGCCAAAAUAAUAUUAUUAUGCACAAGAUGAAAGGGAAAAUGAAGAUGACUUAGACAAGAGGAUUUUUUUCUUGAACUGUAAAAGGGAAGCGUGAAAUUACUCUUGCAGCAUUGCAGGGUAAAGAAAAAAGCCUACAUUUUUUCUUUACUAUUAAGAAAGUCUUGACGAAUUUAAAUUAAGUCAGAUGUCAUCGAACGAAUCUUCUCCUUCCACCUUACAGAAAUUUUCCCCGUCUGUGUCUCAUGCUGCUCCACCUACCCCUUCAUUAUCUUCAAGUCCACAAUCGGGGCUCUCAGGUCAGCUGUCCAAUGGCAGCUUCAGCACACCAAGUCUCACGAACUCUAGGGGUUCUGUGCAUGGGGUCUCCUUCCUGCUUCAGAUUGGUCUCACACGAGAGACUGUCACCAUUGAGGCUCAAGAUCUCUCCCUUUCUGUUGUCAAAGACCUAGUAUGUUCUGUUGUUUAUCAAAAGUUCCCAGAGUGUGGGUUUUUUGGCAUGUAUGACAAAAUCCUCCUGUUUCGCCAUGACCUGAACUCAGAAAAUAUUUUACAGCGGAUUACAUCUGCUGAAGAAAUACGUGAAGGUGACCUUGUUGAGGUUGUUCUGUCUGCCUUGGCUACAGUUGAAGAUUUCCAGAUACGUCCUCACAUGCUUUAUGUCCACUCUUACAAGGCCCCUACUUUUUGUGACUAUUGUGGAGAGAUGCUCUGGGGCUUGGUACGACAAGGGUUGAAAUGUGAAGGGUGUGGAUUAAAUUACCACAAGCGAUGCGCCUUCAAGAUUCCAAACAAUUGCAGUGGAAUGAGAAAGAGGCGUUUAUCCAAUGUGUCUUUACCAGGAGCGGCACUUUCGGUCCCAAGAACAGCACAAACUGAAUGCCCAGCUUCUACUACAGAGGAGCGUUGUCACUCAGAACCCAGUAAGAGGAUUCCCUCCUGGAGUGGGCGUCCAAUAUGGAUGGAAAAGAUGGUGCUCUGCAGAGUGAAGGUUCCCCACACCUUUGCUGUUCAUUCUUACACUCGACCUACCAUAUGCCAGUACUGCAAACGGCUGCUCAAGGGCCUUUUUCGCCAAGGAAUGCAGUGCAAAGAUUGCAGGUUUAACUGUCACAAACGUUGUGCCUCUAAAGUACCGAAGGAUUGUCUUGGAGAAGUAGUCUUCAAUGGAGAACAAGAACCAGCUAGUCCAGGACAAGAUGCUGAUAUGCCAAUGGAGGUUGACAGCAGUGAAAUGAGUAGUGAUGGUGGCAGGAACUUGGAUGAUGCAGAAGAACCAUCUCCUCCUGAAGACAAAAUGUUUUUUAUGGACCCAGCAGAUCUAGAUGGAGACAAAGAUGAAGAAGCUGUGAAAACCAUUAGCCCAUCAACAAGCAAUAAUAUUCCAUUAAUGAGGGUUGUGCAGUCAAUCAAGCAUACAAAGAGGAAGAGUAGUACAAUGGUAAAAGAAGGCUGGAUGGUCCAUUACACUAGCAGAGACAACCUGAGAAAAAGGCAUUAUUGGAGGCUGGACAGCAAAUGUCUUACACUAUUUCAGAAUGAAUCUGGAACAAAAUAUUACAAGGAGCUUCCACUUUCUGAAAUUCUCCAGGUGAUUCCACCACAGGAUUUCUCCAAUGCAGUGCAAGGCAGCAACCCUCACUGUUUUGAGAUAAUCACAGACACUAUGGUAUACUUUGUUGGUGAGAACAACGGCAGCAACCAUAACAAUCCAGUUCUGGCUGCUACUGGAGUUGGACUGGAUGUUGCACAGAGCUGGGAAAAAGCGAUUCGUCAAGCUUUGAUGCCAGUCACACCUCAGGCCAGCAUUUGCACCUCAGCAGGACAAGGGAAAGUUCACAAAGAACUGUCUGUCAGCAUUUCUGUUUCAAAUUGCCAGAUCCAAGAAAAUGUGGAUAUAAGUUCCGUAUACCAGAUCUUUGCUGAUGAGGUGCUGGGUUCUGGUCAGUUUGGUAUUGUGUAUGGAGGAAAACAUAGGAAGUCUGGAAGGGACGUAGCAAUCAAAGUUAUUGAUAAAAUGAGAUUCCCUACAAAGCAGGAAAGUCAGCUGCGCAAUGAAGUGGCUAUCUUGCAGAAUUUACACCACCCUGGGAUUGUAAACCUGGAAUGUAUGUUUGAAACUCUAGAGAGAGUUUUUGUUGUGAUGGAAAAACUGCAUGGUGAUAUGUUAGAGAUGAUUCUCUCUAGUGAGAAAAGCCGACUUCCAGAAAGAAUCACUAAGUUCAUGGUCACUCAAAUACUUGUGGCUUUGAGGAAUUUACACUUCAAAAACAUAGUGCACUGUGAUUUAAAACCUGAAAAUGUACUCUUAGCAUCAGCUGAGCCAUUUCCUCAGGUGAAGCUGUGUGAUUUUGGUUUUGCACGCAUUAUUGGUGAGAAGUCUUUCAGGCGGUCUGUGGUAGGAACUCCAGCUUAUCUUGCCCCUGAAGUGCUCAGGAGUAAGGGCUAUAAUAGAUCUCUGGAUAUGUGGUCAGUCGGGGUCAUCAUCUACGUGAGCCUUAGUGGAACAUUCCCAUUUAAUGAGGAUGAAGACAUAAAUGAUCAGAUACAAAAUGCAGCAUUUAUGUAUCCACCAAAUCCUUGGAAGGAAAUAUCUAGUGAAGCUAUCGAUUUAAUAAACAAUUUGCUUCAAGUGAAGAUGAGAAAACGUUAUAGUGUUGACAAAUCUCUUAGUCAUCCAUGGUUACAGGAUUAUCAAACUUGGCUUGACCUUCGAGAGUUUGAAACUCGCAUUGGAGAGCGCUAUAUUACCCAUGAGAGUGAUGAUGCUCGCUGGGAAGAACACGCUUAUGAACACAAUCUUGUGUACCCCAAACAUUUCAUUAUGGCCCCCAAUCUAGAUGAUAUGGAGGAAGACCCAUAAUUCUCUGGAGAAAGGCAUUUAAGUUAAAUGUGUACUCAUAGUUUGCUAGAGCAAGCAUUGCUCUUUCCUGUUCAGGAGAUUCAACAAAGCAGUGGAGGAUCUUGCAUCAGUUUGUGGAUGUACUGGAUGAUUUGGAAAGUCUUUCUCCAUCUAUGAUGUCUAUGACUAUGAAUGUGAUCCAGCACUGGGUUAAAAGCCAUGAAGUAUUUUGUGUAACAUUUCGUUACCUGUACAUCACAGUGAUGUUACUGACAGAUGAAGUGCACAGAGACUUGAUGCAGUGUGCAGAUUUUCCAGUUUUGUAGUUUACACAAUAACAAAACAGUUUGUAAUGGUUUUCUAGGCUCUACCUGUUAAGCCACAGAAUUCUAUUUUUGGUAUUCAAAUGCAUCUUUUAAAGAGGCUAUAAACUAAAAAUAACAUGUAUUAUAUACCACAACUAUAAAAAAGCUUGAUUUGAAGGCUAA